AGUCUCGAGCGAAAAUGACUGUUCUUGAGUACUUUUAAUGAAGAAAAAUGUAGGUACUGUUGUUACGUGAAAUAGUGAAUAGUUGGCGGAAUGAGGAUCGAGAGGACAUGCUUUUGGUCGAUGCUGCAAGCAUUGGCGUUAUUGCCUACCAUGGCUUUGAAGGAUGCUCAAACAACCACAAAGAAAUUCCCCGAUGACCCGGAGUUUGAGCGGCCGAUCGGCAACCACACGUUCUUCCUAGGACGUGAAGCAGUGCUAGGAUGCGCUGUCACCAACCUGGGCAAGCAUAAAGUGGGCUGGCUGCGAGCAGAAGACCAAACAGUGUUGACCAUGCAUGACCGAGCGGUGCUCGGCGCCCGCUACUCCGUCAGCAGGGACUCCCCUCGGACUUGGCAGUUGAGGAUCCGGCCGCUUAGAGCUGAGGACCGCGGCUGCUACAUGUGCCAGAUCAACACGCAGCCCAGCAUGAAGUGGCAGAUCGGGUGUAUAGAUGUUUUUGUACCCCCCGACAUCGUGAGUGACGACACGUCAGGCGAUGUCUCCGUCCAAGAGCUGGAGAACGCCACCCUCACAUGCAAGGCCACGGGCCACCCGCCCCCCAAAAUUACCUGGAGGAGGGAGGACCACGAACCGAUCCUGCUGAAGAAGACGCUCUCAAGAGAGUUUGUCAAAGUUGAGAGUUACGUGGGCAGCUCCCUGCCGUUAUGGCGGGUGGACCGAAAGCAGAUGGGAGCGUUUCUCUGCAUCGCGUCCAACGAUGUGCCGCCUGCAGUCAGCAAAAGGAUCAUUUUACUUGUAAAUUUCGCACCGACAGUGAAAGUGCCAAACCAACUGUUGGGGGCGCCACUGGGCACGGACGUCAAACUGAAGUGCUACGUGGAGGCGUACCCCAACACCAUUAACUAUUGGAUUAAGAAUAGGGGGGAGAUGCUGCUGGAUGGGCCAAAGUACACGAUAAGAGAAGAGAAAUCCUCAUACAAAGUGUCGAUGUGGCUGACCAUCCGGCAGUUCGCUCGCAGCGACAUCGGAACCUACAACUGCGUCAGCACCAACUCGCUGGGCAAAAGCGAGGGCACGCUCAGGCUUUACGAAAUCAAACUAAACUCCUACAAUGAAGACUUCAGCAAUCAAAUCAGCGUAGCUGGAGGUCUAACAGAAGCAGCCAAAGGGAACUCAACAAAUAAAUUACUAUUCAAAAGGACUUUGUUAACCAUACUGUUUUGUUAUCUCACAAAUGUUUACAUGUUCACGUAGUUGUUAUAUUAAAUGUAAAUAGGUGUUAUAUAUCGUUUAGGCAUGGGUGAUA